AUGGGAGUUCCCGCGCUAUUCCGAUGGCUUUCAAAAAAGUACCCAAAAAUUAUCCAGAGUGUUGAGGAGGAGGAGCCAUGCCGUGUUCCCGGUCCCGACGGUGAGAUGGUCGAAAUUCCAGUCGACACCUCGCGUCCGAACCCAAACGGCGAAGAGUACGACUGCCUGUAUUUAGACAUGAACGGUAUUGUACAUCCAUGUACACAUCCAGAAGGCCGUCCUGCGCCAGAGACUGAAGAGGAGAUGCUGACAGAGGUGUUCAAAUACACGGAACGUGUCAUUAGCAUGAUUCGACCGCGCAAACUGCUCAUGAUGGCCAUUGACGGCGUCGCGCCGCGCGCCAAGAUGAAUCAGCAACGCUCGCGCCGUUUCCGAUCUGCACAGGAUGCCAAAAUUCAGCAUAGCCAGCUGGAAGUCGAGCUUGAAGAACGCAAGAAGCGGGGCGAGGCCGGCGCGGAAGACGUUGUGAAAAUGAUGUGGGAUUCCAACGCAAUCACGCCUGGAACACCAUUUAUGGACAAACUUGCGGGCGCGCUGCGGUACUGGAUUGUGCAUAAACUGAAUACGGACCCUGGCUGGAAGAACUUGUCUGUGGUCUUGUCUGAUGCAAGUGUACCUGGCGAGGGCGAGCACAAGAUCAUGGACUAUAUACGGCGCAAGCGCAGCGAUCCAGCGCACGAUCCCAAUAUGCAGCAUGUGAUUUAUGGCUUGGACGCCGACUUGAUCAUGCUGUCCCUUGCGACGCACGAGCCCUACUUUAAAGUGUUGCGCGAAGAUGUAUUCGCGCAGGAUAAAGGGAAGGGAUGCCACUGCUGCGGCGAGGAAGGUCAUUUUUCCGCAAAUUGUAACAACAAGCGCAAACCCAAAGACGAAGCGAAAAAGGGCGGCAAGAAGCCGUUCAUUUUCCUCGACGUGCCGACCUUGCGCGAGUACCUGGAAAUUGAGCUGCAGGUCCCAAGUACGUCUUUUGCUUUUGAUUUGGAGCGUGCGAUUGAUGACUGGGUCUUUUUAAUCUUUUUUGUUGGCAACGAUUUCCUGCCGCACCUGCCGAGUCUUGAGAUUCGCGAGGGCGCGAUCGAUACGUUGCUUCAGAUUUGGAAGAGAGAGCUGCCACGCAUGCGUGGGUACGUAACGAACAAUGGCAAGGUUGAGCUGGAGAAUGCGCAGCUGAUCCUCGAUGGACUUGCAAAAGAAGAAAAUGACAUUUUUCUCCGUCGCAAAGAGACGGAAGAGCGGCAAGAUGCCAAUGCAAAGCGUAGAAAGCGGCAGCAGGAGGAAAUGCAGCACGGCAAUACUCAAUAUGUGCCUGUCGAAGUGCGCAAGCCAGGGCCACCGCCUGCGCCGCCUGAGGUGAAGCCAUCGGCGAAUGUAAAAAAAGGCCCCAUUAUGUUGGAUGGCGAUAGUAUGGAUGUUGUGCGCAAUCGUGCGCAGAUCCGUAUGGCCAAUAUUAGCGCGGCAGAUGCUCUGCGUGCGGAGCUGAAUGCCGGGAAAGGAAGCAAGGCCAAAGGCACGAAACGUGCGGCUAGUCAGGUGGACGAUGUGUCGUUGAAGCGCGAGAAGCGCGAUGCUUCGCAUGAAGACGAGGACGGGAACGAGGACAAGGAGGAAGUUGGGGCAGUCAAGGAUCCCUUACUCAAAGAUGAAGGUGCCUCUAUCAAGGAUGAGGACCCUUCUAUGAAAGGCGAGGAUUUCCCGAUCAAAGACGAGGAUCUCGCCGACGAGACGAUCGACGACGAUGCUUCGGGCGCACACCUGCAACGCACAGUCAACAAAGACGGCACUGUCGAGUACGAAGACACGGUCAAACUCUGGGAGCCUGGCUACCGCGAACGCUACUACCGCCAAAAGUUUCAAGUGGAGCUCAGCGACACAGCAUUCCGCCGGGAAGUGGUCAAAAAGUACGUCGAAGGACUGUGCUGGGUACUUGCCUACUACUACCAGGGCUGUCCCUCGUGGAAAUGGUACUAUCCCUACCAUUACUCGCCAUUCGCUGCUGACUUUACCGACAUGGCCGACUUAACCAUCGACUUUGACAAUGGCACACCGUUCCGGCCGUUUGAGCAGCUGAUGGGCGUACUUCCAGCAGAAAGCCGCAAGAAUUUGCCCGACCCGUUCCAGUGGCUCAUGACCAAUGGCGAGUCAGAGAUUGCGGACUUUUACCCUUCUGAAUUUGCCAUUGAUAUGAACGGGAAGAAAAUGGCAUGGCAAGGCGUGGCGCUUCUGCCGUUCAUCGACGAGCAGCGCCUGCUGGAUGCGCUGCAGAAGCGAUACAAAGACUUGACCGAAGACGAGACGCGGCGAAAUUCGUUUGGACGGAGCCUCUUGUUUGUGGACGAAGACUCGGAGCUGUACGCGCCGUUGAGCCGCUUGUAUGCCAAACGCACCGACGGCUUGCAGGAGCCCAUUGACACGAAUAAGACGAGUCGGAUCGCAGGGCUUGUCGAGGCGGAUCCUGCGUGCGUCCCAGGCUCGACAUUCCACUCGCCGCUUGCGUCGCAGGGCAUGCAGGAUAUCCACAACGACCGCUGCAUUUCGGUCUUGUUUGAUAUGCCGCCGCAGCGCGUCCCGCAUCGAAGUGUUUUGCUGCGCGGUGUGCGAAUGCCACGCAAACGGCUGAACCAGUACGAUGCAGACUACGUACGCCACGGAAGGCGCGGAGGACCGCCCCGUGGUGGGCGUGGCGGCCGCUUUGGAGCCGGCCGCGAUAAUGGAUCCAAUGGCCAAGGGCCGUACGGAAGGUACGGCGACCGACAAGCAUGGCAUGGCGAUGGCUCGCAUGCAAGGCGCAGCGCUCCGUAUGCAACAGGAGCCAAUGCGGCAGGGUUUGCGACCGGUGCAAAUGCGACAGGGCCUUACGGAGGUGGAUAUGAUGCUGCAUAUAGCGGGUACGGAGGCUAUAAUGCUGGCGCUGGCGCUGGCUAUGGUGGUGGCUAUGGUGGUGGCUAUGGCGCUGACGCUGGUGCUGGCAGUGGCGCUGGCUAUGGCGCUUAUAAUGGUGCCAGUGCUGGCUAUGGCGCUUAUGGUGGUGCCGGUGCCAGUGCCAGUGCUGGCUAUGGCGCUUAUGGUGGUGCCGGUGCCAGUGCUGGCUAUACUUCUGGCGGUGGUGCUGGCUAUGGCGCUUAUGGCGCAGGCGCAGGAUACGGCGCUUACGCUGCGAAUCCAUAUGCCACAUAUACCGGCGCCCAGCCGUACGCUGCGAAUUCUUACGGUGCGCCUAGCUACGGCGGCGGUAUAGGCGGCGGACCCUAUGGUGCAGGUCCUUAUGCAGGCUACCAAACCCACGAUCCAUCCCGCGCUCGCCCACGUCCUGGCCGCGGCGGUGGCCCCUAUGGCAGCUCGUAG